AUGUUCCAGAAGUGCAUCGUAUUAAAUAUACGAGUACAAGAGUAUACGAACUUGUCGAUAUGGACUGGCAUCAACCAUAAUUAGAAGCUCAUCAACAAGUCUAAAUGUCUCGUGCUCUGUAUUCAAUACUCGUUUUAGUUGCUUCCGCGUAUUCGGGACGCGUUGCUUCUGGAGCUAAGCCUCCAGGAACUGCACUAAUACAACCACAUUCGAACAUCUGCACAUAUAACGUCGGGUUUGACCCAUGAGCGAGGGGAUAAAAAAAAGGAUGAGAGAGUUGCAUCGAAUGUAUCCCAAGUGAGACAAGUAUGCGAGAACCAGCAGCUAAACGACGCAGACUCACUCUUGCGUUUCACAUGCUGGGCUUACGUCGUUGACUUUCCGAGACCGACCGGGAUUAGCAGCUUCUUCUAGUAGCCAGCUUCUUAACCAGGCAUGGUUUCUGGAGAGGAAACUCGGUGCCUUGCACUAUCGAGAUAAACGACGUCAGAUCAGCAGGUAUUCAGUAUCAAAUGUCUGUGUUGUUCCGUCAAAUAGCGUUUUUUUAUCUGCCGUGUCAUGAUGACGCGUUGUUCAGGCAAAAGAUUAACUUUGACGUUUUCAGAGUUAAAUGCUGACAAGAUUUGAAGAUGCUACCUGAUAAUCGGAGCUUACGAACUGAGAAUUUGACAUACUGUACUCCGCAUAUCCAAUCACUCACUAAAUAUCAGAAUACGGUUUAUCGGCAACGGUUUGCAUUGAUGCCUUAUUCCCUUAUUCCCUCAGCAACAUGGACGCUUGCUUAAACGACGACUGUCUUGGAUGUCUGGAUGUCACACGAUGCAAAGUGCAGCACUUUGCAUAUCGCCAAGAAUGCAAUGCAGUCAGUUCCGUGGAUCACCUCGUGCCGUUCUUCCAGAGAGUUUUUUCGAUGUCUCGCUCGCCAAGAUCGCCAAGGCCUGUCUGUCAUGGGUCUCUAUGGCGUUCGGCGUACAGCGAACAAAUCGAUCCGUUUCCGCUCCAUCUGUAAAUCCCCUCACUCAAACUCCGCCAAACGAAAAGGAAAAAAAAGCGCAAAAAAGAAAAGUUAGUUUAGCGCUUCUGUGGCUGUCACCGCGAUAGCUUCAAACAAUCGGGAUUGUGUUGAACUCCGUUCAUCUCAUCCUCCGCAAUCCGCGGAGCUUUCAAGACUCCGCAUCCAUGCACCAGAAACAAAUCUUUGUGUUCGAGAACUUUGAGCUUGUGGGGUCACGCCACUCAAAGUCUUCAAUUCGUCGUUUAAUUAUCCACUUGUGGGCAUCUAAACUCCAAUCCCGUUGCUUCUAACUCUCAAAACUUGGCCUGAUCCUUCCAGAGUGGUCACUCGCAGGUCCACGGACAAGAUCAAAACCCCGUCGGGCCCGGCUUCUCUCCACCACCGACUCCGACGUCAACAUCCUCAACUCAUCCUUGUCUGUCUGUACCUGACAGCGGCACCAAGAGAUCUAUUCUGAGCCGUCCAACUGCCGUAUCGCCGGACUACCGUGGUCCAUCUAUCCACUUGGCACUUCACAUUCACGACUCAUACUCGAUUUUGAUAGCCACUCCCUCCAGAAGAGUUAGUCUACACUGUCCAGACAGUCCAGCAGCCGUUGAGCCUCAAAAUCUGCCCGUCUUGGCUUUUUUCGUCUUGGGACUCUUGGUCAGCCAGCCUAGCCUAGCCCAGCCUUACUGGUCUUAGCCGCAUUGCACCACCCACCUUAGGCUACAAUCUAUUGGGUAUCACUAUCAAUAUCAUCAUCCAACAUCCGUUUGUCAUCGGCGAGUUCUCUGGUGAGACAACCAGUUGCCCAGUAAUUAUCUGGGUCUUUGUCAGACACGGGCCAACUCUUGUUUCUGUCGUUGUCACAAACCCGCCGAGGUCCGAGGCCGUGGAAUCCAGCCUCCAGCUUCACUUGUUCACGCUUCAGACUUCAGUUUUCUUCAGCCACAGUUCACAUACCUACCUAGCCAAAGAUGAAGUUACUACCACGCAACAAGGCCCUUAAUUCCUUCACGGAAGAGGCCGUUUCUCUCCUGCCCGAGGAUCCCGAAGAUAUGUGGCAUGCAUACAACCUGAUCCUAUCUGGGGACAUCGUCUAUGCUCACGCUGUCCGUAAAGUAACUGCUUUUUCAGACACUGGGAGCUCAAAAUCUGAGCGUGUUCACACAAAUCUGACUAUCAAGGUCAAAUCCACUGCCUUUGAUCCUCAGAUCUCAUCACUUCGCGUCUCUGGAUCUGUCGUGAUAGAGAAUCAACAUGCCCCCUUAGGCUCUCAUCAUACCCUCGAUCUCGAGGUGAACCGCCCAUUUAGUAUCGUCAAGCUAGAUGGAUGGGACUCUGUCGCAAAAGCCACUCUUCAAGAGGCAUUGUCAGAUGACAAGGAUGGCGCCGUAGCAGCCGUUGUCAUGCAAGAAGGGCUUGCCAACAUCUGUCUCAUUACACCGUUCCGAACCGUCCUCAAAGUCCGUGUUGAGAGCGUGAUUCCCAAGAAACGCGAUCUUGCAUCAGACCAAGAUGCAGGUAUGCGCCGCUUCUUUGAGAAGACAUUGUCGACUCUUUUACGAACUAUGGACUUCACACAGUCACGGCCGCUGUUACUGGCCAGCCCAGGCUUUGUGGCUGGAGACUUCAAGCAGUAUAUCGCCAACCAAGGACGAGAUAAAGCAGACAAGGUGCUUACAGCCGUGGCGAAGCAGGCUACGGUGGUUCACUCCAAUUCUGGUCACGUCCACAGUCUCAACGAGAUCCUGAAGAGCCCAGAAGUCUUGGCCAAGAUGAAGGAUAUGAAGUUUGCCCGCGAAACGCAGUAUGUUGAUCAAUUCUUCGACAUGCUAAAGCUGGACGAUGGGCGUGCAUGGUAUGGUACUUCAGCUGUCGAGAAGGCUGCCAAGGAGGGAGCAGUGGGACCAGGUGGCGGUGUCCUCCUGGUCAACAAUUCUCUGUUCCGAAGUGAAGACCUUGCUCUUCGCAAAAAGUACGUCGCUCUAGUUGACAAGGUACGGAGUGAUGGUGGUGAGGCGAGGAUUCUCAGCAGUGAUCAUGAGAGUGGUCAGCGAUUGACUAUGUUGGGCGAUAUCGCUGCCAUACUCAACUAUCCAAUGCUGGACCUUGAUGAUGACGAUGCCGAUGAGGAUAAUGAGGCAAAUAGAGAGCCUACUAUGGAAAAUAGUGUCAUCUAGCCAAACAAAUAGAUCAAAGAAAUGAGAUACGAAGUCAUGAGGCUCUACUCCCUUAGGUGCUGCUGUGAUGUUACCCUGUACCGUUGCCUGAAACCAGCUCAAAGGAAGUCACUCAAUGUGCCGUAACUGUAUAUACCCAAUCUUUACCCAAUAAUGUGGAUAGUUGACCUCUGAUAUGUUUUAGUUAAUUGCGUAUCUCCC